UGCUUCCACGCGCUCCCACCAGCCAGGGCUCGUGUGACGCAAAGAAGUCUACUUAAAGCUGGAUUAGCGCGCGCGGAGCUCCUCACUGCGCGCAGUCACACAGAAGCCGCCUUACGUGCAGAACACAGCGGCUCAGAGCGCUUAUCACCGCCCGGAGAGGAGAGGAACACAUAUCCAAGCUUUCACUGGAUAUUUCCCGAGAUCUCCCAGAGGAAUAAUCUGAUCCUCGGGUUUUUAUUUCUGCACAAUUUUCUCCUGAGUGUUAUCUUCUCCGAAUGAGCAACCAUGGCGGAGUGGACCAUAUUAGAGCGGCUGUUGGAGGCGGCUGUCCAGCAACACUCUACUAUGAUCGGAAGGAUCCUGCUGACUGUUGUGGUGAUCUUCCGGAUUCUGAUCGUAGCGAUUGUUGGAGAGACCGUGUACAACGACGAGCAGUCCAUGUUCGUGUGCAACACCUUACAGCCGGGCUGCAACCAGGCCUGCUACGACCAGGCAUUCCCUAUCUCCCACAUCAGGUACUGGGUAUUCCAGAUCAUCAUAGUGUGCUGCCCCAGCCUCUGCUUCAUCACUUACUCUGUGCACCAGUCGGCCAAGCAGAAGGAGCGGCGCUUCUCCACCGUGUUCCUCUCCCUGGACAGAGAAAUGGAUUACUUGAAGAGAGAUGACAGCAAAAAGAUGAAGAACACCAUCGUGAACGGUAUUUUGCAGAACUCAGACAACUGCAGUAAGGAGGUAGAGUCCAACUCCAUGAUGAGCAAAGAAUAUCCAUGCAGCUCACAAAAACGAACUACAAAGUCAAAACUGCGACGGCAGGAGGGCAUCUCCAGGUUCUACAUCAUCCAGGUGGUGUUCAGAAAUGGACUAGAGAUUGGGUUUCUGGUGGGUCAGUACUUCCUGUAUGGAUUCAAUGUCCCCGGGGUGUACGAGUGCGAUCGGUACCCGUGCAUAAAAGAUGUAGAGUGCUACGUUUCCAGGCCGACGGAGAAGACGGUGUUUCUGGUCUUCAUGUUCGCAGUCAGUGGUAUUUGCGUGCUUCUGAACUUGGCAGAGCUCAACCACCUCGGCUGGAAGAAGAUCAAAGCGGCUGUGCGAGGGGUGCAGGCCCGAAGGAAGUCCGUUUAUGAGAUCCGGAACAAAGACAUGCCCAAGAUGAGUAUGCCCAAUUUCGGGCGCACCCAGUCCAGUGACUCUGCGUAUGUGUAACUGCCCAAAGGAACAUGGGGAGGCUGCAGGACAGCUGUGUAGAAACAAGUCAUCAAGAGCAAUCAUUCAUAUAUUAGUAUUUAGUCUUCAAAUGAAACAAGUGAAAGCUGAGGAUUUUCAGUGAAAGACCAAUUACUGAAGAGAGCUUUGGACUGAAUCCUCCUAACUGGAAUUUGUAUGUGGACCAAUAAUCUAGGUGACAUCAUGUUGUAUUUAGCAGGUAUUGAUUUGAUUUGUCUUUAAUGGAGAGGUUCAGAUGGACCGCAGAUUUGUUUACUUGGCACUAGUAAACAAAUAUAUUUUAUUGUGGUGCAAAGUGUUUCUUGAAAGCAUAAACUGAUACAGUGUAUGGCCAAAUGUGUGAAGACAACUUAACAUUAGUAAUAAUUGUAUUUGGAGUCUUAAACUUGACAUAGCUCCUCUGAAGCCACUGUCAUUAUACAGCUGUUUGCAAUGGUUACAUAGAAUCUCCUGAGACUGGUGAACCACUGCUUGUGCAAAAUGUUUGGGUAAACCAACCCCAACCUUAAUCCUGGAUUGGAAGUAAGGGACUUUGUACAAACUAUGAGAAUCUCAAACCAAAAGUACACUGAAAAAGACAUCAUGUUGGCCAUAGUGUGUCUCAUUUGAAUUAGUAUAUUUUACACUAAAAAAAUCAAAUAAACAGCUCAGAUGUAGUUGGAAUGACAUUCCAGUAGUUCCAAAUAUCACUUUCUUAGUACAAACACACACUCUGGCAGUAGAAUCAAUCUUUGGAUCUGAUAGCUUCAUCUCUUACGAAUCUCAUCGGUUUGGGUGCAUGUGCUCGGACCAUUGACCUUAACCUGAGUGAUCUCUCCUUUGCUUUAGCAGCAGGAAUGUGGUGCCUGAACUAAAAGAAAAAAUUAUGUAAAAAAAAAAAAAAGAUGUAUUUCAUUCUUAAUGUUUCUUGUUUUCAUGUCAUUAAGUGCCAUACAUAUAGAGUCAUAUUUAUCUAGAAACUUAAGAAAAAACAUGAAAUCCCACUCAUCAUAACAUCCUGAACUGUAUGGAAAUGGUGUCCUCCUUCCAUUCAAUUUGUAACAUCAACACAGACAACCGCUGCAUUGGUGCCAUAUGUCUGCCACCGGUGUUACCAUUUUC